AUGGCUACACGCAGACCAUGGAAUGUGAACGACGAGGACCUCUACGACGGGAUGAAAAAUAUCGACAAACCUCUAUCCGAACCAACGGAAAUGUCAUACUUUCUACAGCGCAUUCGCCUCGGUGAAAUGUGUCGCGAACUAGUCGAUCGAAUGCCCCUUGGCGCCACAGCACGCGACACAUCAGAUCAUGCCGAGAUCAUUGCAGUCGAUGCCCAGUUUCUGAAAUUUUUAGCAGAAAUUCCACCCUUUUUCAAGCUCGAAGCCGCAGAAGCCCCGUCUCAGCCACCGCUCACAGCCGGCAUUAUUGUGCAAAGAUACAUCAUCCACUCAUUGGUUCAUUCUCAUCGAUGCAAACUACAUCUUCCGUAUCUAGCAAAAGCCUCAUCCAAUUCUCAAUACAAUUACUCAAGAGAAUCCUGUCUAGAAGCUGCUCGGCAAACCAUACGAACCGAAAAACUACUUGAGCGCGAAUCAGUGCGAUUUGUGCAUGCACGGUUUCGAAUCUCUGGCGUUCUGCAGGCUGUGUAUAUAGCCAGUAUUGCGUUUCUGCUGGACAUGUGCUUCCACAAUGACCGCGGGCAGUGUGAUCCCAAACGAAAGGCUGAGUUGAUAGAGGCAUGUGGCAUUCUUGAAGAAGCGAGAACUCAUUCACCAUUUACGGCAAAUCUUCUCGAGUCAUUGGAUAGCAUUGUGCAGAAGUACAGGCUGUCGCUUCCUCGAUUUUCGAAUUCGAAGCCUGGUAAUACAUCGACAACAGUCGUGGAGAAUUUUGGUCUUGCUGAGAAUCCCAUUGACCUUCCGGCUCACGCUAGUAAUCCGGAUAUGACUACGUUUGAUUGGGAUACGUUCGAUGCCAUGGACGUUGAUAAUCUGGAUUGGAACAGUUUGCUGAGUGAACUUGACUCGCAGUUUCUCGCCACUGCUUUCCCGGGCGUUUAA